GACUGCUAGCCUCAGUCUCUGAGCGCCAUUUCCCCGCACUACAAGAGAUCUCGUUUCUCAGGAAGCUUACUCUCUCUCUCUCGCUGAGAAUCUGAAGAGGCAGGAGAGUUGUCCGGGCUUCGGGUGAGAGCGCUAGAGCAGACUCCGUCGUCAGGUGCAGGGGAGGAAAUCGUUCUUCUCUUUGGAGUUCCGAUCGCGCCUCUUCCUCUUGCCCAGAGAGAUUGAAGCCCUAUGAGUUCGUCGACAUAUCUUGCAUGGCGCCGGUUUCUCUCGUCCUCUUCCUUCUCGUGAACGGAGGGAGCUCCUCGUCUUGUUUUGUUCCUGCUGGAGAUUCCGGAACUGCGAUUGGAGAAAUCGUUCUUGGAAAGUUGUGUGGGACUAUUGCAAGUGCUUUCUCGUUCGUGGGUGCUCAUUCUGCCAUGUUGCUUCCGAAUUGAUAUUAAAAGUCUAAUUAUUGCAAGUUUUUUCUCCUUUUUUCUUUUUCCAGAUCAUACAAUGCUUUGAGCUGAUUUGUUGGGGAUACGCUAAAGCAACCAGAGAUUGAUAAAAGAAGCUUGUUGAUGAUCAUCUAAAAGUAAGGGGCUCUGUAGCUCAGCGUUACACAAGCAACAGGCGUUCGUAUCAGCACAAACUGAACGAGUGAACAAUUUAUCCCUCAGGUUUUCAAUUUCAUCCUUUUCCAACAAAAUGGUAGCUUUUGGUAAAAAGCUAAAGGAGUACAGGUUUCCAGAAUGGGAAAGGUAUUAUAUCAACUACAAACUAAUGAAGAAAAAGGUCAGACAGUACGCACACCAGAUUCAGGUUGGAGAACAGGACCGUAAUCAAGUUCUGAAGGAGUUUUCAAGGAUGCUAGAUCACCAGAUUGAGAAGAUUGUCUUGUUUCUGCUGGAACAACAAGGUAUUCUUGCAAGCCGCAUAGAAAAGCUAGGAGAGCAACAUGAGACUGUUUUGGAGCAGACUGAGUUUGGAAAGAUAUCUGAACUUCGGGAAGCAUACAGAGCUAUAGGACAAGAUCUUCUGAGGCUUUUAUUCUUUGUUGAGAUUAAUGCCAUCGGCAUUAGAAAGAUAUUGAAAAAAUUUGAUAAGCGGUUCUCUUAUAGAUUUACAGAUCAUUAUGUCACAACUCGUGCAAAUCAUCCAUAUUCUCAGCUUCAGCAAGUGUUCAAGCAUGUGGGCAUUGGUGCUGUAGUGGGUGCAUUAUCCCGUAAUAUUGCUGAUCUGCAGAACCAUCACGGAAGCUAUUUUUCUAUUUAUGAUCAUCCAGCGGUUGCCCUGCAGGACCCAGUAAUUGAUUCAAUUAGAGCAGCUGUAGACAGGCUAACUCACUCAACAAAUUGCCUCAAAUUUUUGGGACAACAUGCACUUAUCAUUCACGAUGACUUGCCCACACCAGCAACAGAGGAGCCCAUUGAUGAGCAGAGAUAUUAUUUCAUGUCAUUGGUCUUGAACUUGGGGAAUACUUUCCUUUAUAUGGUUAAUACCUACAUAAUCGUUCCCACUGCAGAUGACUACUCGAUUAGCCUUGGAGCUGCACCAACAGUAUGUGGGAUAGUGAUUGGGUCAAUGGCUAUCGCCCAGGUGUUUUCUUCUGUAUAUUUCAGCGCAUGGUCAAACAAGUCCUACUUCAGGCCGCUUGUCUUUAGCAGCAUCGUACUUUUCUUUGGGAACACUUUAUAUGCACUGGCAUAUGAUCUUAACUCGAUAACCAUACUUUUAGUCGGCCGCCUUUUUUGUGGGUUGGGAUCUGCACGAGCUGUUAAUCGACGCUAUAUUAGCGACUGCGUGCCUGUCAAAAUUCGUAUGCAAGCAUCUGCAGCAUUUGUUAGUGCGAGUGCUCUUGGAAUGGCAUGUGGUCCUGCUCUUGCAGGAUUGCUUCAAACUAAUUUUAAGUUUUAUGUCGUCACAAUCAAUGCAAGCACUUUACCAGGAUGGUUCAUGUCUCUUGCAUGGUUAAUAUAUCUGUGUUGGCUAUGGAUAUCAUUUAAAGAGCCUGUUUAUGAAUCCCAACAGUCUAACUCAGCUAACAACUCUAGUACCGUAACUGCAAUUGUGGUGCACUCAAGUGGCAAUGGACUUGCACAACCCCUUCUCUCAUCUUCAACUGUGGAGGAGAAGCCGCAGAAAGAAGAUCAAGAAUUUGAUGACAGUGAAGAAGCUCCAGAAGAAUCACACAAACCUGCCACCACUAUUGGAUCUGCAUAUAGACUGCUUACUCCAUCCGUGAAGGUUCAAUUGUUGAUAUACUUCAUGCUCAAAUAUGCAAUGGAGGUCUUAUUAUCCGAAUCAAGUGUUGUUGCAACCUUCUACUUUAAUUGGUCAACAAGCAAAGUUGCCUUGUUUCUUGCGUGCCUUGGCUUCACUGUAUUGCCAGUAAAUAUAGUUGUCGGCACAUACAUUAGCAAUUUAUUUGAGGAAAGGCAACUAUUACUGGCUUCAGAGAUCUUUGUGUUAAUUGGCAUCAUUAUGAGCUUCAACAUUGCAAUCCCAUACUCUGUACCUCAAUACGUUUCGUCUGCUCUUAUCACAUUCGUCUCUGCAGAAGUUCUCGAAGGUGUGAAUCUGUCGCUUCUUUCGCAAGUCAUGUCGUCGAGGUUAGCCAGGGGAACGUACAACGGUGGUCUGCUCUCAACGGAAGCAGGAACACUGGCUCGAGUGGUCGCAGACGGCACAAUCACGUUGGCAGGCUACUUGGGUGAGAGUAUGCUUUUAAAUGUCACACUCAUUCCAUCGUUGUUAAUAUGUUUGGCUUCUAUAACAGCCACAUUUCUUACCUAUAAUUCUCUUUAUUAAUAAUCUGUUGUAUGCGCAUGUAUAGAGAACAUCUUCCCUUCUUGACAAUGUCAAUGAU